AUGAGGAGUCCGAAGCUUCAGUGCCGAGCCGACUCGGAGGCUGCGGCACCUGCCUGUGGGACUCUCUAUGGACACAGCGUUCUGGUGCCUUCGGACCAGAGAGGGUCAUCAAUGGACCUACUUUGCCGCAGGAGGAGCUUUGGCACUGAAGUUCGAGAGCUUUCUGCCCUCCUCCUGUCUCUCGAGGAGGCUUUGUUUCUACAGUCAGAGCUGCACGUUCUUGAUGUCCGGACCCAAAGCACGGUCCACACGUCUGACACCUUCUUCCUGAAGUGCUGCGAGCUGGUCAGGGAGUUCCCGAGCCGGUACCUGGCUUACCGCCACUACCGAUUGCAGGGCUGGACGGUAUGCCCAGAUUCUCUCAAGUUUGGCGCAGACUUCCUCCUUUAUGAUGGGCGGCCAGAUGAGGUCCACGCAGACUAUGCGUUGAUCCUGGCCACCGAGUGCCUGCAGUGGAAGGACGUAGUGAUGGCGAGCCGUUUGGCGCAGCUGGUGGCCAAAGAGCUGCUACUGGUCGCUACAAAUCCGUCUUCAACGGCUGAGGCGAAGCUCGCCGAGUUCCUGGCCUCCACCACGCCAGUGCUGGAGUUCGCCACAAGGCCUUGGCGCCGUCAUCUCUCUUAG